AUUAAAUCCGCCAGAUGGCCAUCAUCAUUUUUCUAAUUUCUACGAUAGUUGUUUUAAGAGUUGAAGUUUGGGAAUAAAUCGCUCGUAAAAUGUAUCAGAAUUUAAUGGCGUGUAGAGCCAGUCUGUCAGGAGCAGCUCGUUCUACACAAGCAGGGAAAAGAUUUGGUCACGGUUCAAGGGAAAAUUCCUUAACGAGAAGUCUGUCACCGUCUACACAUUCUGUAGAUAUUUCUCGAUUGCAAGAUGUUUCGAUUAGGCUCUAUUCAAAUCCAGCUAGAAGGCCAGGAUUUCUCAGUCAGUUUGUCGAGAAUAUCAAGCAAGAUAUGCAAAAAAGUAAGGAGAUGAAGGAAUCGUUAAAAAAAUUUCGCGAAGAAGCUGAUAAACUUGAGCAAUCUGAUGCACUGAAAUCGGCGAGACAAAAAUUUCAAGCAGUCGAAUCAGAAGCCAACAAGGGAUCUGAAGUUUUAAAAGAAAAAUUGGAUACUUUAAAAGAAAAGGUUCAAGAAGCGGUGGAAGGAGUGAGUAAGACGGAAUUGGGAAAGAAAGCCGGUCAAAUUGGAGAAGAAAUUUCGAAAACAGCUAAAGGUGCAGCGGAAACGAUUUCAGAGACGGGUCAAGCAAUUGGUAAAACUGGGGCCUUUCAAAAAAUUUCAGAAACUGCUGAAGCUGUUCAGAAAGAAUUUAAUCAUCAUGGAAUUGAAGGUCGAGUCUAUGUACCCUUGAAGAGUUUACGAAAACGAAAAGAAAUUCUCGAAUCUCAACAAAGUUUCGAGGCAAACACAGAAGCAACGGGCGUUGAACUUCACAAGGAUUCCAAAUUUUAUCAGUCGUGGCAAAACUUCAAGGAUAAAAAUCCAUACGUUAAUAAAGUUCUGGACUGGAAAAUCAAAUACGACGAGUCGGAUAAUCCUGUAAUUCAAGCAUCAAAAUUGGUUACAGAGAAAGUUACGUACUUAUUUGGUGGUUUAUUUCAAAAGACUGAAAUUUCAACUACACUCACGGAAAUUUGUAAAAUUGAUCCAAGUUUCGAUAAAGUACGAUUCUUAAAAUACUGCGAGACGGAUAUUAUUCCAAAUAUUCUCGAAGCAAUGAUUAGGGGAGAUUUGGAUAUUCUAAAAGACUGGUGCCACGAGGCUCCUUAUAAUCUACUGGCACAGCCUUUAACGCAAGCGAAAAAAUUGGGAUACCGUUUAGACAGUAAACUAUUGGAUAUUGACAAUAUAGAUCUGGCAAUGGGCAAAGUAAUGGAUCAGGGUCCAGUUUUAGUAAUUAGUUUUCAGUCACAACAAAUAAUGUGCGUGAGAGACGCGAAGAAUACUGUUGUCGAGGGCGAUCCAGAGAAGGUGAUGCGCGUAAAUUAUGUUUGGGUAUUGUGUCGAGAUCCAACUGAAUUAAAUCCCAAAGCAGCAUGGCGACUACUCGAUCUCAGUGCCAAUAGUUCCGAGCAACUUAUGUAGUGUGCGGUAUUAGAAAUUAUGCCUGGACUAAUUUUUUCAAUUCCAUUCGUAAUCGUAAAUCCGUUGAUCAGAUUAUUACAAAGGGCGAAAUUUUUUCAAAAAAAAGAAAAAUCGAAGCGAUCACUUUUUAACACUAACGAAAUUUCACUUAUGCACAGCAUUAACGGAGGAGUUCAUUCGAAACGAAAAAUUGUUAGAAUUGUUAAAUAGAUUUCAAUUUUAUUUAUAUUACACACUGACAAAAUAUUAUUUAGCGACAAUAUUAAAAGAAUAUUUCAAACAAUAUUUCCAAUAUUAUUGCUAAUUAAUAUGAGAAAAAAAUGUUUUCAAACAAAAUAUCGCUUCAUUUUCCAUUUCCUUUUGAUGUGAAUUUUUAAAACCCCGUUAUAAAGGAAUAUGGAAAAAUUAUCGCAAAAAAAAAGAGUUUAUAUUUAAGUUGACAACAAAAAAAAAUUGUACAGGUGUUGAGACCUAGUGUGUCUCUGUGUAAAUUUUAUUAUAAAUAUAAUUUAAAAAUUAGGUAGAUAAAUUGUAUCACGUACCGUGCUUGUACUGGAUACAAAAAAAAAUCAUUGUACUGUGAAUAACAAAAUCGUUAGUACAGAUUGUAAAUAAUAAUUCCCAAAAGAAUUGCGACUAGUGAGCUAUUUCUAUUUUCGAAUUGAAAAAUUUCGUAAAAAUGAAAUGCGACUGCUUGUUAUUAAAUGCAAUGAUUUUUAUUUUAGAAAAUAUUGAAUUUAACGCGAAAAUAGUCAUAAAAUUUCUUUCGAAAAAAUAACUGCUUAUUGUUUUAUGAGCGACAAGAUUUAUUAACAAACUUCAAUAUUUGUAUGAAAAAAAAUCUAUUUAAUUUCAGUACCACUAUUUAUAAUAUUCAUCAGUUUUUUUUCUACUUUAUCACAUGAAAAAUCUACUGGGUUAGAUAUUUAAAAAAUACAUGUAAAGAAAAUUUAUUUAAAAAAAAACAAAUGAAUUUUAUAAACAAGUUGUACUGUAAAUUUUAAAAUAUUUUUAACGAUAAUUUUUUUUAGAUAACCAUUUAUGUUUUGUACAAUUCUUCGGAGACAAUUUUUAAUUUACAAUAAAAUACAGAAUGUUGUACUGUAAAUAAACAAAUUUAAUAGAAAGAA